AGGCAGGGGACACGCAGGUCUCAGAUCACCGGGUCCAUCAUGGCACCUCAUCUUCUUGCAGAUCAUGCAAGGGCCCCGGUAGAUCCUACUUCUACCCGGAUGGCUUACGCAAGAGGCUCACUGGAAUGUGUCUGCAUUGACGGCCAGGACGCGCUCCAGGAUAUAUAAAAGCGCUAUUCGGCUGCAGACAUGCUCACGACAUGAUCAUGAUAUCGACAUACUUGCAAGAUGGACGACAAAAUCAGCGAGGUCAUUCAAGAAGAGAAACAUGGUGUCCCCAACAACCAGAUUGUCAUCAUCGACUUCGAUCCCCAUGAGCACCCGCACCAAUGGCCCAAUUUUCGAAAAUACACCAUCCUCUUGACUGUCACUCUGCCGAUUUUCCUCAUGCCCUUGACAUCCACCAUCAUUGCUCCCGCCAUGGACGCCAUCGAGGCGGAUUUUCACGUCACCUCGACGGUUGAAGGGCCGCUGACCGUAUCGUUGUUUCUCCUCACCUACUGCAUCGGCCCUUUGCUGCUCGGUCCUCUGAGUGAGCUGCUCGGCCGCGUGCCCAUCCUGUUCACGGGGAAUGUCUUCUUCCUGGCCUUCAACCUGGCAUGUGGUUUCUCCAAGAGCAUCACGCAGCUGCUAGUCUUCCGCUUACUGAGCGGACUCGGCGCGAGUGCCUCAUUAGCUACCGGUGCCAGCACCAUCGGCGACGUCUUUCCCAAGGAGCAGCGUGGCCUGGGCCUCGCACUCCUCAACAUGGGUCCAGUCCUGGGCUCCUGCCUCGGCCCCAUCGCAGGCGGAUACAUCAGCGACUACUCAACCUGGCGAUGGGCGUUCCACGCAACCUCCAUCUUCGCGGGCGUCAUCAUCCUCACCGGCCUAUGUCUCUCGCGCGAAACCUACGCCCCCGUCCUCCUCCAGCGCAAGAAACAAACCCUCCAGACCAUCCCCGCAUACAAAGGCCUCACUCUCCUCACCCAAUUCGAAAAAGACAUUCCCAUCCCCUCCACCUCGGCACCCCAAACCAAAACCCGAUCCAUCAUCACCCUCUACCGCCGCACCCUCCUCCGCUCCCUCUACCUCCUCUUCACCCAACCCAUCGUCCAAGCCCUCUCCCUCUACUACGGCUACCUCUACGGCCUCGUCUACCUCGUCCUCUCCACCUUCCCCACCCUCUGGCGCACCCAAUACCACCUCAGCACCAGCACCGGCUCCCUCCACUACAUCGCCCCCUGCAUCGGCUACCUCCUGGGCGCCCAAACCUGCGCCUUCAUCUCCGACAAGAUCUACACCCGCCUCAAAUCCACCAACAACGGUCUCGGCAAGCCCGAAUUCCGCCUUCCGCUCAUGAUCCCCGCCAGUCUCCUCGUCCCUAUCGGCCUCUUCAUCUACGGCUGGUCCGCCCAGUACAAAACCCACUGGAUUGUCCCGGACAUCGGCAUUGCUUUACCCCUCAUGGGCGCGACGGUCAUCUUCCAGUGCACCAAUGCAUACCUCCUCGAAGCAUACAGCGUCUACGGAGCCAGUGCCAACGGCGGCGUGUACAUCCUCCGGGGCCUAACGGGAUUCGGGUUCCCGAUGUUCAGUCCGAUCAUGUAUCAGGUGCUCGGAUACGGGUGGGGCAAUAGUCUCCUGGGGUUUGUGGCGGUGGUCGUGGGAUGUCCGAUUCCGUGGGUGUUGUGGUGGUUUGGGGAGCGGUUGAGAGGGAAGAGUAGUUUUGCGGAUAAGGAUUGAUUGUCCCUUCCUUUCUUUUCUUUCUUUCUUUCUUUCUUUCUAUUCUAUAUUUACCUUUUGAUGGUUAUCUUCUCUAUACUUUAUUUCUUUUCGGUUUCAGGUUUCGAUUUGGUUUGGUUGGUUUUAUACCCGAUCCUCUUUGCCUGAUAAAUGGGUUGAAAAUGUUUCGGGACUAAUAGAGUGGUAAUAUAUUCUUAAGUCUGUUAUUAUUCAUAAUUUCAUAUUUAGUGAGCUUUUUGA